GGAACUACAACUACAGUCAGCGCUCAGGCUUAUACAGUACCUGACAGCUAACUGCAGCUCCCGGGCCACACUAUUAAACCUCUGUCUCUGGCAUUCACAAACUAUUCGGACUUUUUCCCACGACUCCACUUCUUCAACUUUUUAGCUCUUGCACCGAGUGUCUUAUCCGGGGACAGUCUGUACCGGCCAGAACCGAGUGGGCCAUGGCCUUCCUAGGGAGCGCAGUUCGACGGGUGGUGUCAGCAGUGCGACCUCCUCUCUCUCCCUUGUGCCGGACAACCACUCGAUCCUACAGCUCAGAGCCCACCAAGGAAAAAAGUGUUCCCUACGAGAAAACACUCAAACAGGCGGAUGGAGUCUCUUCUGGACCCACUAAACCUUUACCCAGGUCAGCUGAUGUCGUGGUGAUCGGAGGAGGCAGUCUGGGCUGUCAGACUAUCUACCACCUGGCUAAAAUGGGGUUGACUAACGUAGUUCUGCUGGAGAGAGACAGACUGACUGCUGGCACCACCUGGCACACUGCAGGCUUGCUGUGGCAGCUCCGUCCCAGUGAUGUUGAGGUGGAGCUCUUGGCCCACACCAGGAACGUGAUCAGCAAAGACCUGGAGGAGGAGACGGGUCUCCACACAGGCUGGAUCCAAAAUGGAGGACUCUUCAUUGCCUCCAACAAGCAGAGGCUGGACGAGUACAAGCGCCUCAUGUCGCUGGGUAAAGUUUAUGGUAUCGAGUCCCAUGUCCUGUCACCUGCUGAGACCAAGGACCUGUAUCCUCUGAUGAAUGUGGAUGAUCUGUAUGGAACCCUGUAUGUACCAAAAGAUGGCACCAUGGAUCCAGCAGGCACCUGUACCACCCUGACCAGAGCCGCCUCCGCCAGGGGAGCCACGGUGAUCGAGAACUGCCCUGUGACUGGUAUCCAAGUGCGAACAGAUGACUUCGGCAUGAAGAAGGUGAAGGCAGUGGAGACCCCUCAUGGGACCAUUGAGACACCUUGUGUGGUGAACUGUGCAGGUGUAUGGGCUGCCAAGCUGGGGGAAAUGGCCGGAGUCAAGGUGCCUCUUAUCGCAAUGCAUCACGCCUAUGUGGUGACAGAAAGGAUUGAAGGCAUACAGAACAUGCCAAAUGUCAGGGACCAUGAUGCAUCAGUGUACCUGCGCCUCCAAGGUGAUGCCCUGUCCGUGGGUGGAUAUGAACAAAACCCCAUUUUCUGGGAGGAGGUGUCUGAUAAGUUUGCCUUCAGCCUGUUUGACCUGGACUGGGAUGUAUUCACGCAACAUAUUGAGGGUGCAAUCAACAGAGUUCCUGCCCUGGAGCAGACUGGCAUCAAGUCCACUGUCUGCGGACCAGAAUCAUUCACAGCAGACCAUAAGCCGCUGAUGGGAGAAGCCCCAGAAGUCAGAGGUUUCUUCCUGGGCUGCGGCUUCAACAGUGCUGGUAUGAUGCUGGGAGGUGGUUGUGGUAGAGAGCUGGCUCACUGGAUCAUACAUGGGCGCCCUGAGAAGGAUAUGUAUGGUUACGACAUCAGACGUUUCCAUCACUCGCUGACAGACAACCAACGCUGGAUCCGAGAGAGGAGCCACGAGUCUUACGCCAAGAACUACUCUGUGGUGUUCCCCUUUGAUGAACCACUGGCCAGCCGAAACAUGAGGAAGGAUCCCUUCCAUCAGGUGCUGACGGAACAGGGCUGUGUUUUCCAGGAGAGACAUGGCUGGGAGAGACCUGGCUGGUUCAACAAAAGCAAGCCCGCUCCUGUUAAAGACUAUGAUUACUAUGGGGCUUAUGACAUUAAGAAGAAUGUGAACUACAAAUACAACGAAUUGCUGGGCAAGGAGUACACCUUUGACUUCCCUCCACAUCAUGACGUGAUUAAGAGCGAGUGCCUCUCAUGUAGAAACGGUGUGGCCGUGUUUGACAUGUCCUACUUUGGAAAGUUCUAUCUCACUGGACCAGAUGCCAAGAAGGCGGCUGAUUGGCUGUUCACAGCUGAUGUCAACAAGAAGCCAGGCUCCACUGUGUAUACCUGCAUGCUGAAUAAGAGAGGAGGGGCGGAGGCUGACCUGACAGUGAGCAGACUGGAGCCUGGUUCUGCCAACCUGCCCCUGGCACCGGAGUCCAAUGGUGAAGCAUACUACCUGGCCAUCGGAGGGGGUGUUGCCGAACACAACUGGAACCACAUUAGAACGGUUCUUCAGGACCAAGGCUUCCGCUGCCAGCUGACAGACUACUCUGAGGACAUGGGGAUGAUCAGCAUCCAGGGACCCAAGAGUCGAGAAGUACUUCAGGAGGUGCUGGAGGCAGACCUGAGCAAUGAAGCUUUCCCUUUCUCUUCCCACAAAGUAGUCAAAGCAGCAGGGCAUCAGGUGCGAGCUAUGCGUCUGUCAUUUGUCGGAGAGCUCGGCUGGGAGCUGCACAUUCCCAGAGACUCUUGCCUUCCAGUCUACCAGGCUGUCAUGGCUGCUGGUGCAAAACACAGCAUCAUCAACUCAGGCUACAGGGCCAUCGACUCACUCAGCAUAGAGAAAGGGUACAGACAUUGGCACGCUGACCUGCGCCCAGAUGACACACCCUUGGAGGCUGGGCUAGCCUUCACAUGCAAACUGAAGAGUUCGAUCCCCUUCCAGGGCCGCGAUCGGCUGGAGAAACAGAAGGAGGAGGGGCUGAGGAGGCGCAUCGUCUGCUUCACCAUUGAUGAGAAAGUACCGAUGUUCGGUCUGGAGGCCAUUUUCCGUAACGGCGUUCCCAUUGGUCACCUGCGGCGUUCUGACUAUGGCUUCUUUAUUGACAAAACUAUUGCUUAUGGAUAUAUCCGUAACCCCGAUGGAGGAGUGGUGAGUGCUGAUUUCAUAAAGAGUGGCGAGUUUACCCUGGAGAGGAUGGGAGUGACGUACAAGGCCAAGGCCCACCUCAAAUCUCCAUUUGACCCUGAGAAUAAACGCGUCAAAGGCAUCUAUGCUUGAGAAGGACCACACAUGUAAAAACACUCUGUUCGGGGAAUAAGGCAGAGAGGGGUGCAACUGUUUUUUGUUUUUUUUACAUGCAGAUGCAGCUGUUUUAGUCUUAACCUCUCUGUGGAAUACUAUGAAUCUUAAAUGUUGAUAAUUGUAUUCAUAUUAUAUCUGUGAUUUGAUGGAAAUGAAGGGGAUGUGAUGGAACACUUUAAAAGCCUUAGAUGGUGUAAAAUCUGUAUGGACAUAUCGAAGAGGUGUCAAUUAAAAUAUUUUGUUGUUAAACUCGACAUGUUUAUAUCCACUCUGGGUUUGAGAGUAAUCAUGUGAAUAGUAUUACUCUGAAGACACAUUGAAGAGGUAAACCCAUCUCAUUAUCUCCAUUCAUCAUCCAGCUAACUUUGAAUGAGCCUGCACCUUUCCUGGACUGAUCUUAAGGACUCAAAUAACAAUUUUAGAAACAGAAGCUGAACUGAACAACAUGUGUUCAUGUCAAACAAUCACCAGUCAAAUCAAGCUUUACAAUGGGGCCUUAAUAUGUCCAUGUCACCGUCUUCAGGCAGUGAGGUUGCAUGUAUGAUUGCUAAGCCUCCACUGAAAACGGUGCUAAGCCUUAACACUAGACAACUCGGCACGUCUUAAUCUAUUUUUAUAAAGAACUAUCAGCUAAGCAGUGAACCUGUGGGGACAGUAUUAUAGGUGUGAUGGCAGUGUAUUAUAUGGAGCACAUACAGAUGUUGCCUUUGGAAGCAAAAUAUUAAAAAUAGGGCCAAAAGCAACAGCUACAGAUGCACAAGUGUGUAACUUAAAUACCAUAAAUUCUCAAUUAGUGACCAGGGCCCUUGUGCAUUUCAGUUAAAGAGAAAACUACUGCAGACCCUUAUUAGAAAUAGGCUAAUAUUAGAGUCAAACCAUUCAUUCUAAUUUUGGCUUUUUAGUGCACAAUAUUAAAUUAUAUUGUACUGCUGUAAUAUUUCAUUUCCAAUGUAUCCUACGAGUCCUGUAUUAGGGAAUAAAAGUAUUGUCAGACUAUAGACUGACCCUUCAGGCAGUUUGAGUCAGUUUGCAGAUGACUGAUGUUUGUGCUGAUAACAAUGACUAAACACAGAGUUUUACUUGCUUGUAUGGUAUCUAAAUCUUAGGCAGACAGCCCGAGUGUUUAUCAGAGUUGAAUGGAAAGUGAGAAGAAAACAUCCAGAGGCACAGCGUACCAGCUGGGGACAAAACACUGCUGAAGAAAUAUGACAGAAAGAGACAAGAGUUAUCAGAAAGCAGCUGUUACAGAUGGACCUGCCUUGUUUUCUGAUCCGUCCCCUCCGUUACUGUGCUCCACGGCGAUAAACUAUCGCUGCUGUUUGCAAACUCAAUUCUCUUCGUUAAGUUUUUUAAUAGAUGCAUUGUCAUAUAAUAAGGCAAUCUAGCAAUCCAGACAAGAAGAGCUCUUGUUUUGUAUUGCCUUGCUGUUAAAUCAAACUCAACAGCAUUUUGUGCGUCUGCUUUACAGUUAAGCCCUCCCAGUAGUUCAGAAGGCAUAAUCACUUCUUUUUACCGUGAAGCUCCCUCAGGAGGGGUUAAGCAACAGCUCACUGAAAAACAUCUUGACUCAUUAAUUAAAGGUCCAGUGUGUAGAAUUUAGUGGCCUCUGUUGGUGUUGUUGCAAACACACCCUCACCUCACCCUCCUCAUCCAAGUGUGUAGGAGAAACUAUGGUGGCUGCAAAAUUUGUGGAAGACACAAAGGGCCCCAUCUAGAGCCGGUGUUUGGUUGGUCUGUCCUGGACUACUGUACUAUCAUGGCGCCUCAACAUGGCAGGCUCUGGAAAAGGACUGGCUCUCUCUGUAGAUAAAAACGGCUUAUUCAAAGGUAACCGUUUUUCAGGUGAUUAUAAAACAUCUAUGAAAUGUUAUAUUCCAUUUCUGCCCAAAGACCUUUAAUUCUUUCAAUUCAAAAUGUGAACUUACAGUAUUAUAGCAGAGAGUGGCAGGGCUGUAUUGUAGCACUUGUGUAAUUAAAUGUAAAUUAUUGUGAAUCAGUUACCUAAGUUCUCAUAGGUUCUUUAGGAUAGGUCUUAAUUUGAAAAUGUAUACACAUAUCACAUAUUUAAAGUUCCAGUGUGUAACAUUUAGGAGACUAUUGGCAGAAAUGGAAUAUAAUAUCCAUAGGUAUGUUUUCAUUAGUAUAUAGCGACCUGAAUGUAGGAAUUGUUAUCUUUUUGUUGCCUCAGAAUGAGCUGCUUACAUUUACAGAUGCCGCAGGUCACCGUAGUUUGUCCUUCACCCUUGGAAAAGUAGGAUGAAGCGAGGGAGUUGUGAUAUGCAAUUCCACUACUAGAUGCCACUAAAUUCUACACACUGACCCUUAAUGCAGGUUUGCGCAGUAAUUGAAGAUAUUUUGUUAAGUCUUUGUGUUAGUGUCUACAAACUAACUACACAAUGUAGUUGCGUACUUUUUGUUUUCGUACCUAACAUGGAAUUAAAUUGUUAAUUUUAUUUUCCGUCUAAUUUUACAUCCACUUAACACAGUUAAGGCCAAACAAAAAGUAGAUCUCACACACACACACACACACACACACUCUGUGAACAGCAGUCAAUAAAGUGUGGAAGCAGAAGAAGGCAUUUGUAUGUAUUAGCUACUUCUUGCCUCUCAGAUGUGUGUUGCUGCACGUUCAGCACAAAAUGUUUACUAAUGUGGAAUGAUUCAUUGAUUCUGCCCAGAAGACCAUUAAUCAUUGAAAUGGUUGUUCUCAGGAGGGACUUAGGUUAAUAACAAGAUUUAUAUGGGAAAUGUGAAACAGACUGAUAAAACACUAUCACUACAGGUCCUCUUCCACAAUAUGUCCAGAGGUUGGUUUUUUUCCCCUUCUAAUUCAGUUUAUACAAUUUAUCUUCCGUCCAUAGUGUAAUGUGAAUAUUGCUGAAGUCUUGAUAAUAGAAAGCAGGCGAAGUAUAAAUUCUUUUAAAUAUGGUUCUUAAACGUAUUAUUACCUCCGCCAAGGAGAUUAUGUUUCAGUGCCAUUUGUUUGUCAACAGGAUUAGGGAAGAACUGUUGGCCUGAUUUUCAUGAAACCUGUUGGAAGGGUGUAGAAUGGGCCAAAGGAAGGACCCACAUUUUUACACAACAUGCAACCAAACAUAACCUCCACCUCAGACAUCGCUGUAGAAACAUGGCGCAUGUCUUUGCUCUCUAAGAGCUCUUUUAGUUCUUGUUGUUAUUAAUGUCUUAAGACAUUUAAAUGACCAGGGGAAGGAUAUGUACUAAUGACUCUGUCCUAAGCAAUUUGUGUAUUAAUAAAUUCCUUUUUAACUGCCAA